AAGAGAAGAUCAGCCAUCUUCGUGAGGUCGGAAUCUGCAGUGCAGCGAUGCCGAGACAUUGCUCAGCAGGCGGCUGCAAAUCUCGAGACAACCGCGUGACUCGUAAUGCUGGCAUCACCUUUCACAAAUUACCAAAAGGAGCUGCUCGGAGGAACCUUUGGAUCACCAACUCCCACCGUGCAGACUCCUGGGACCCUCAGACGGACUUCGUCUACUUCUGCUCCAAACACUUCAGCCCGGACAGCUUCGAGCUGACUGGGUGCAGUGGGAUCAGGAGACUGAAGGAAGAUGCAUUUCCUACAGUAUUUGAUUCCUCUUCCACCAUCAAAUGUAAAAGACCAGGAGCCCUGCAGACCCAAGAGGACCUCGCUCCUCUCAGGAAGAAUCCCCGCUCAGGAGACCCGGAGAGCGCUCAGCAGGAGACCGGCAGGUGUCCACCUUCAGAGGAACCCGCGCUCCAGAGGUCGCUUGCAGCAGUUGAGAAGAAUAACGCCAACACACCCGCAUCUUCUCAAGAGCCACCCGGGCUGGAGCACCUCUCACAGCAAGACUGUAGUCCGGCCCCGGCGGCUUGUCCCCUCUCCCCGUCGCGUUUCAUGAGGCGUUUGCCCCCCCCUCUCGGCUUCUAUCUGCCUAAGGAGCACAGCUAUGCUCAGCUCUGCCCCCUGCUGUGGAGGAGACGUUACGACCAGGCCAUCGACUGCUUGGAGAAGGCUCUACGGCAACUGCAUGCUGCUAGGCGGAGGGAGAACCGCCUGCGUAGCGCUGUGCUGAGGCUCCAUGAUCAACGAGAUGGUGGUAAAAACCGAGGGGGCUGGACUCAAGCGGGGGAGAGGAGAGCUAACCAGGAAGAGAGUGAGAAUGAUGGUAAGUCUGAGGACACGGGCGUGUGUGAGGACAGAUGUGUGGAUCAGACAGAGUUGGGGAGUCCUUUUCUUCUGGCCACUACCAGCUGGUCUGAGGAGGAGAAGGCUUACUGCUGUUACUGUGGAAGAGGGCAGCCGGCACCGGUUGGGGGUCAGGUAGCACGCAGAGAUCCAAAGACUGUCGAAGACGUCCAGCCCACAGGGCACAGGGACCCUCUGCAGACUCCGAGGUGUGUUGAGACCGGUGCUCCUGACACAGCUGACGAUGCCAAAGACAAACAAGUAGUCAGGCUGGAAAGGCCACCUGGGACACGUGUGGAAACCAGUGGCUCCAAUCCCCAAAUCCUGCUCCAAACCCGAGGUCUUCAGCACGCGACCCCUGCUGCAGGGCUUGUGCCUGAGACCCACGAGCAGAGUUUGCAGAAGCUGCUCCCUGACCCGAGCGAGGGGCAAACUGACGCUGUGGGUCACGAGCAUCACCUGGACCUGCAGCUGCUGUGGAUCCAGGACAGUUUGGAGGGGGGGGUCGUUCUCAUGCCGGUCCCUGCUGAAGAGGGACUACACAGAGUCGUGGCUGAUGAAGCUCAAACCAUCGUUGUGUCAGGAGUGGACCUCAAAGGAGACUCGGGCCGGGUGACGGAGGACAGCAGAGGUCCGUCCAGAGUCCAACCCGGGGAUGAGGAGCAGAGUGGCCUGCGGUCUGCUCUCAACACCACAGUGGUGGAGAUGGGAGAAGAUGUGAGGGAGAAGCUUAAAGAACACCUGGAGGGGUUUCACCUGCAGCUGAGCAGCGAGUUCAGGAACUGACGAGAAGUUCUGAGUGGACACAACUUCAGGUGUGCCAGUCCUGGAUGAUGUACUGGGUUUCAGAGGAAUGCACGACACCAGCCGUGGUGAUGCUGUAGAGCAACUCACAAUGAAGUUACCGAAGUUAGAAUCCCAAAGAUAUCUGUUUUAAUCUCUGACCAGUGCACGUGUGUUUAGAGCUCGCAUCCCCCGCUUGGGAUGUUAUGGGAAGUCUUCAUCGACGUUCAUCCUACUGCAAAGGCUUUGAUCAGCGGCCAUAUUGGCCUGAACACAUUCAUUCAAUACAAGUCUUUGAGAUUACUGCUUUAAGACGUAUUCAGUGGGUUGUCACGUCACAGAAGUGAAUGAAAUGUGCUCUUUAAAGUGCUGAGCCAAUAUACUGUAUAUCUACUGAGUGUAUGUAUAUCAGCGCCUGGUGUAUCUAUCUACUGUAUGUAUCUACCAUGGAGCUCCAUUGUUGUUCGAAAGCUGUUGAAAACACUUUAAUGAGCCUUAUGAAAUGAAACUAUAUAUUUGUAAAGAUGUAUUUAUUUAGUAGGAGCCGAUGGCGUUUGAGUUGAAGCCGACUGGGUGGGGAACUUUCUAACACUCUCAAUUACAGUAAAUUAAUUGUCGAGCCCAAUAUUACAGAUGAUCCUCAGAGGGCUUUACACUCCGUACAGCACAAGACUACAACUCCCCAAAAACCCUUUGGGGGGAAAAAGGAAGAGACCUUCAGGAAGAGCAACAGAGGAGGAUCCCUCUAUGAGGACAGAGGAGACAUGUCAUGUGACCAGAGAGAAGGACCCCUCUUAGGACAGAGAUGUCAUGUGACCAGAGAAGAGGAUCCCUCUGAGGACAAAGAUAUCAUGUGACCAGACAGGAGAAUCCCUCUCUGAGGACAGAGGAGACAUGUCAUGUGACCAGACAGGAGGAUCCCUCUCUGAGGACAGAGGAGACAUGUCAUGUGACCAGAGGAACAGCGGUACAUAGUUAUAAUCCAUGAUAUAAAUUAUUCAGAUAAUGAGAAUGGUAUUAGCACUAUUAUUAGCAGGAAUAAUAAUAGUAAGAUAAUGUCUUUUUAUAUUAUCUUAAUGACGAUUAAAGUACAGAAAGUAAAAGAUUGUUGGUUGUGGACUCCUAAUGGGAUUUGUAGACAAUUAGAACAAAACAUCUUUAAUUUUUAAAUCAAACGUGUUUAAAAAUCAAAGAUUAAAUGACAACAUGAAUAAUUCACCAGUGAGAUGACAGACAUGAAGAUAAAGCUCUGAUGUGGAAAUAAAGGGAUAAUUGUUAUUUUGACUGAGUUUAUUUCAGUUUCUUUUUCGUUUUAACUUUGUUAGGAGGCGCAAUAUCGAAU